ACUAGAUUGCAAAUUUCUAACGUAUGCGAUAUUCAUUUGAAUAGGUUACAAUUUGUAUUUUAAUUUCAAGAAAUCUUGCCCAGCGAUAAAGAUAUACUUUACGAAAGGGAACAGAAGUAAAUUUAAUGAUUUAAAGAAAUAAUAACAUUUUAAUCAGUGAAAUUUUAGUACAUUUCACGAAAGUAAGGUUAAGUGUUUAAGAAUGUCGGCAGAAGAACAGACAGAUCUGCGUUUGGGGCCAGAUCCUAACGUCACUUAUCCGAUUCAAGUACAAUAUUGUGGAAAUUGUUCUCUUCCUAUCGAGUACUGUGAAUAUUAUCCAGAAUAUGAAAAAUGUAAGCAGUGGCUAGAAAGAAACUUACCAACAGAAUUUGAGAAAGUUAAAUUGGUAGAAGAUAAUACUACAGAGGCAGGUGGAGGUGAAGAUGAAAAGAAACGUCAAAAACGUGGUGGUAAAGGUAUGCUCAAAACAAAGAAGAAAGAAGAUGUUCCAAAAUUAGUGACUGUAUCUAGAGCACCUAGAGGCAAAAAGAAAUCAGUCACAGUUGUAACUGGUCUUAGUACUUUUGACAUAGAUUUAAAAGUAGCUGCCAAGUUUUUUGGUUAUUACUUUGCAUGUGGCUCAAGUGUAACAGGAGAUGAUGAAAUAGUUAUACAAGGAGAUGUCAAGGAUGAUCUAUUUGAAGUAAUACCGGAUAAGUGGCCACAGAUUGAUGAGGAUUCUAUAGAUGAUCUUGGGGAUCAAAAGAGAUAAUGGGCCAAUUUUACUUGCAUAAUUGUAUUUAAUAUUAUACUAUUUUUAUUUCCGUUUAUUACAAAUAAAAUGUACAUAACAUACAA